UAGUUUUCUGCAGCGGCUCCGGGCCUGUGGGUUUAUUCUAAGGCGGAGCUCGGCGGGAGAGGGGCGGGCGCGAGCCGAGCUGAGUCGGGAGGAAUCCGAGCCGAGAGAGCGGACUGCAGCCGGCGGCCCCGCACGCCUCGCCCCGGACAGCCGCACGCGGGGCAUCGCCCGAGGGAGCCGAGCGCAGCGCACUCGGCGGAGCCGGCCCGAGCCCCGCGCAGCCCGCGCCGCCCCGACCCGCGCAGCCCGCCGCGCCCCCGCCGGCCCGGGCAGCAUGAGGCGCGCGGCGCUCUGGCUCUCGCUGUGCGCGCUGGCGCUGCGCCUGCAGCCGGUCCUCCCGCAAAUUGUGGCUACAAAUGUGCCCCCCGAAGAUCAGGAUGGCUCUGGCGACGACUCUGACAACUUCUCCGGCUCGGGUGCAGGCGCUCUGCCAGAUUUCACCGUGUCACAGACGACCUCCUUCACCUGGAAGGACAUGGGGCUCCUGACGGUCAUGCCCACGGCUCCAGAGCCCACCGGCGCCGAUACCAUGGCCGCCUCCACCUCCAUCCUGCCCGUCGGAGCGGGAGACCAGGAGCGAGACACAGCGCUCCUGGCCAACCUGGAACCUGGCUUUCCCAACCAGGAAAAGACCACGCACCCACCCAGCGAGACCACCCCACACCCCACCACCCACCGGGCAUCGACAACCAGAGCCACCACUGCCCAGGCACCUGUCACCUUGCAUUCCUUCAGGGACAUGCAGCCCGACCACCAUAAGACCUCGGCCCCCGAAGGCCUGGGCCCGCUCGACCCUCACCCUGCCGACCCUCACACGACCGUCACGGAGGAGAGAGGUCCUUCGGUCACCGAGAGGACUGCCGAGGCUGGGACUGCCACCCAGUUCCCAAAAGGAGAGGGCUCUGGGGAGGAGGACUUCACCUUUGACACGACCGCCGAGAGCGCAACGGGGACUCCUGAGAAAGGAGAGGAGCGAAAGGAAUCCCCAGUGGAUCUCGGGGCCACCGGGGCCUCACAGGGCCUCCUGGACAGGAAGGAAGUGCUGGGAGGGGUCAUCGCCGGCGGCCUGGUGGGGCUCCUCUGCGCCGUGUGCCUGGUGGGCUUCAUGCUGUACCGGAUGAAGAAGAAGGACGAGGGCAGCUACUCCUUGGAGGAGCCGAAACAAGCCAACGGCGGCGCCUACCAGAAACCCAGCAAGCAGGAGGAGUUCUACGCCUGACAGGAGCCGCCUCCCCUCCCUCUGCCGCUCGCGCGCUAGGCCCCCAUCUGCCUCUUCCGUGAAGAACUGCAGGCCGGCCUCCCCGGGCCCCGGGCCGCCUCCCCACGCUCCCAGCCCCUCCGGCCCCCUCCCCGCGGAGUCCUGGGCAGGCUGGGGGCUCUCCCCUGCUUCUCUGACUUCCGCCCGGAGCCUGGGGCGCGAGGGCUUCCCGCAUCUGACCUUUCCACCCCGGCCAGCACCUGGCAUCUCACCGCCCGACUCGGUUUCUCCAGCCUGGAACAGCUCUGGAGCGGGGGGGCACCCCACGGCUGUGGACCUGGAUGGCCCGCUGGGGCUGAGGGGCUGGCGCUCCUGUAGCACUUACUGGGAGAGACCCACCGUCUUGGGGGGCGUCGUCGGCUGAGUGGCGGGGAGAGGAGUUCGGGGCUCCCUGCGCGCUCGCUCGGUUUUGUGGGGAGGGCUGACGUAGGUAUCAACUUGUUUUUGCACAUGUCUCCUCUAGUCUUUGUUCCUAGCCCAGUAGACGUUAUUACUUCUGAUGUAAGUUAAGCUGAGUUGGUUACUCCCCCAUCUUGCUUCCCUCCUCUACCGUCAGGACGCAGCAUCAGGGUUAAGAAGACUUUUUUUUUUUUUUAAAACUAGGAGAACCAAAUCUGGGAGCCGGCAUCGAGGCCGAGCGUACGUGCGGUCUCUGCGUUUGCCACUCACGUGCGCAACAGGGUAGGGACGUGUGGCUGGCCCCGUCGGGGGCCGGCCGGCCUCGGCUGCCGCGGGCCGUCACUGCUUUGGGGCAGCCGGCCCGUGCCCAGGAGCUCGGCCACGGGGAGGAGCCCGCGGGAGAACCGCGUCCUGGAGCCGCUGGCUGGGACCAGGGAGGACGGUGGGGUCCGAGGUGGCGGUGGGCCCGGGAAUCUCCCGCGGACCCAGCUCUUCCUCUGACACCACCUCUGGGGACGCUUUCUCCUGGGGGGUGACCAGAGGCAUCCCGGGCACCCCUGGCACCGAGCCCCUCCCGAGGACCGGGCUCACCUUCGAUGAGCUCCGGCGGCCCUGGCCCGGCUGGGAUCCGGAAUGUUCCAAAGAGGGAUAGCCUUUUGCUUCUGGCAAAACUCUUACUUAAUCCCAUGGGUUUUCCCCUGUACAGUGGCUUCUCCCGGUGUGAUAGACUGUAAUGUCGGUAGUCACGUGAGCGCGGCGGCCUGUGCCUCUUCUCUGCUGGCCAGCGGAUGUGACCACUCUUUUCUCUAACCACGACGAUGCUGGGAAACUGAGGGCUCCGUGCCUUCGCCCCCAUCCCCCACCCAUGCCACCCCCAGCCGCCCCAGGGUGGGAUUCCGGGGCCAGAGUCGCUCUGGUUUUGUUCGUUUGUUUGCUGAUAUUCUUCUGGAGGUCGGUCGGCUCAGCCAAGGUCAUGUACGUUCGGACGUCCAUGUACGCGUAGCCAAGCUCAAAGCAUCGUCUCCUCAGCGGCUAACGAAGCUGCAGCGCCCCCACCACAGCUUGACCCGAGGUCACGGCCACACAGGCCCGGAGCCAAGGCCGGCCUCGCAGACACCUGGGACGGGCCCCCCUCACACCUCUGCGGGAGCGGAGGCCCCCACGGGCUUCUGGGAACCCCUGUACUUGCUUAUUUAAUCUGACGGCCUUCCAGCUGCUCGGUCGGCGGCUCCGAGAGGGGUGACUCAGAGAGACGGAACCGCCCGAGGAGGGGCGCCCGUGCCCUGUGUUCAAUGCUGGGACCUUCCGCCCUGGAACGUGGGACUGGGCGCGGCUCGGGGGGUGGGGAAGGGGUCUGCGACCGAGCUCGUCUCUGCGGGUCCCUGGGACAGCGCCGAGCCUGUGGCUGGGCCCGUUCAUGUAACUCGAAUAAACGGUACUUGUCAUCCUGG